AGGUACCCAGAAAUGAUUUGAUAUUGAGAUAAAACGGCUGCAUUGGACCUUUACAUACAGUAGUCCUAUUGCAUUUCUGCAGAAAACUUCACAACGGGUGGUGAGACAAUAAGAAUUGUGAAAGAUCUACGACGUCACAUAUCAACUGUGAGCAGAAAGGGUGCCAACAAAUCCCGGUAGAAAGCAGGCGGCAGGUUGGCAGCUGAAGUGCACCAGCAGUUUCUCCAGAUUUCAACUGGAUAGCUAUGUUUACUUGAUUGCGCGGUUGAUUCUGAGAGCGCAGUCGCUCGCCCAUGUGAUUGGAUUCCACCUUACCUUCACUUGGUCGGAAGAAACGAAGGAACGAGGAAUAAUAUUGACUAGAUCGUUGCGGCUGUCAGAUUUGAUCAUAUUGAUUAUAAACGGCCAACACUACAUAAACAAUUCGCUUAGCCAGUCGAGAUUUGACUGCAACUUUCUGCGGCAUUCUUUGACCUCCAAGAAGAUUGCUCUUCGGCCCACAGGACAUAUUGAUGGAACAUUAGUUUACAUCACUCAGAAUAACGCAACCGAGGACUGACAUUUUUCUGGACAUUUUAUGCGUGCCAUAAAACUAGACAUCCUCUAGUUAGUAUUGCAAAAUUCGCACGCGCGCGUCUCGUGAACCGGCGGGGAAGUAUUUUGGUUAACCGUUUCUCUUGUGUGGGCAUAUCAAACAGACGUCAAGACGAAGUCGUUCAAGAAUCCUUGCGCCGGCCGUCAGUGCGCGCGUGCUUUUGGAAACAUGGGUUGUACAUUAAGUGCAGAAGAUAAAGCUGCGGCGGAGAGAUCAAAGAUGAUUGAUAAAAAUCUCCGCGAGGAUGGAGAGAAGGCAGCAAGGGAGGUAAAACUGCUCUUACUAGGUGCAGGGGAGUCGGGGAAGAGCACCAUUGUCAAGCAGAUGAAGAUUAUCCAUGAGGAUGGCUACUCAGAAGAUGAGUGUAAGCAGUACAUAGCUGUGGUCUACAGCAACACCAUCCAGUCCAUCAUGGCUAUCAUCAAGGCCAUGGGCAACCUCAAGAUCGACUACACAGAAGCCGCCAGAGAGGAUGACGCCCGCCAGCUCUUUUCCCUGUCGGCUGCUGCUGAGGAGCAGGGCAUCCUGCCCGAUGACCUGUCCAAAGUGAUCCGCCGCCUGUGGUCCGACAGCGGGGUGCAGAGCUGCUUCACACGUUCCCGAGAAUACCAGCUCAAUGACUCAGCGGCAUACUACCUGAAUGAAAUGGAGAGGAUAGCCAAAUCAGACUACAUCCCCACACAGCAGGAUGUGCUGCGGACCAGAGUCAAGACCACCGGCAUCGUGGAGACACACUUCACCUUCAAAGACCUGCACUUCAAGAUGUUUGACGUGGGCGGCCAACGCUCAGAGAGGAAGAAGUGGAUCCAUUGUUUUGAAGGAGUCACAUCCAUCAUAUUCUGUGUGGCGCUGAGUGCUUAUGACCUGGUGCUAGCUGAGGAUGAGGAGAUGAACCGGAUGCAUGAGAGCAUGAAGCUGUUUGACUCCAUCUGCAACAACAAGUGGUUCACAGAGACCUCCAUCAUCCUCUUCCUCAACAAGAAGGAUCUGUUUGAGGAGAAGAUUACAUGCAGCCCCUUGUCUAUUUGCUACCCCGAGUACACAGGAGCCAACAAAUACGACGAGGCAGCGAGUUAUAUCCAGACUAAGUUUGAGGACCUGAACAAGAAGAAGGACACGAAGGAGAUCUAUACCCACUUCACCUGCGCCACCGACACCAAGAAUGUCCAGUUUGUCUUUGACGCCGUCACCGACGUCAUCAUCAAGAACAACCUGAAGGACUGUGGUCUCUUCUAAAGGCGGGGCGAGGGGAGGCAGGCCAGAGGAGGAGCUAAGGAGUGCUUGUAGAACGAGCCUGCUGCUUGGGGGAUAGAGUGGACAGACAAACCUCCAUCACAGACAGACUGUACUGGCCCUGAAAACUCCUGCUUUUCUAUAUGGAAACAAACAUAACAAACUGAGAACUUGGGAGAAAAAGCCUUGCAGAAUUAUUCCAACGAUCACUUAUUUUCAACUGUCAUGUCCUCCUCUCCCUCUUGUGGUUUUUGUGUUUGUUUGUUUAUUUUCGUUAUAUGUUAGAUAUUUAAUAUGAUAGGGGUCUCUUUUUUGAUUGAUAUCUGCCAAGUCUGAAUUUGAUCUCAGAUAUAUUAUUUUUUUGCUUCUUUCUUUGUUGUUUAUAAGUAUUAUCCAAGGUUAGAAAAAUAUAGUUAUAUUUUUUUUGAUAAAUACACUACCAGUCAAAAGUUUGGACACACCUACUAAUUCAAGGGUUU